AUGCAUUUGGGCAGGCCGUGUCUCGUCGCAGUGGCGCUGGAGAUUCUCACUCUAAAGAAUGCCCCGACCGUCUAUUUUCUUUUCGAAGGCGGCCUUCGAGCUGAAGGGACGCGCUGCGUCCGCGCUUCGGUGUUUGGCGGUUUUCUUUCCAGCAUCAACGCGCCUCAGGCCCCAGGAGCCAGUCGAAGGCCGGCGGCGGAGCUCAGGGACACGCCGAGUCCUCUUCACGAGAAAAAAGAGGCGGGGCCAAGGCACAGGGAGAAAGAAGGGAGACGAAGGAUGGCGGUCUCAGCGCGCCUUAGAGUCGGUUUUCUCCAGGCCUCUUCCCUCUCUGCCCUCCCGAUGCCUCGGCGUCCUCUGCCGGCGCCGCCCUCUGCUCGCAGCGCUCGCUGGGCUCUCUCUCCUCCGUUUUUCGCGUCUUCCCGAUCUGCUCGGGCGUCGUCUUCUGGUAAUGCUUUUUACGCUCCAGUUCAGCCCUCCGCGGCGCCAGGCUCUUCUUCGCGCCCGCCUUCGCCUGCGUCGACCGGCCGUCCGCCGUCGCCUCCGCACGUGUCGCUUGCGUCGCUUUUCUCUCUCUCUGCGCCGCGCCUCGCGGUGCGACGUCUCAAGCCUGUCGGGCGCAAGCGAAUGAAGGAGACACUCCUCGUGGGAAGGAAACAGAAGACGAAAACCGUGCUGCUCCCCCCCUACGUCGCCCCCAGAGAACUCCGCGUCUUCUUCCGCGUGGACUACGCCACCUGUAUGCGGGCCUGCGGCGUGCGGACGCCGGAGCCGCACCGCUAUCUGUGGCGAGACGAGUCGGGCGACCGGCAGUUCGAGUGCGUCAACAAGAGCAAAGUUCUCGUGCCCUUCGCCGCAGCUGCCCACGCCUGCAAACUCUUCCAGCUCCACCCCGUCCUCGUCGACCCCGAGCCCGACUGGCCUUCGUCCUUUUCCUUCCCCGCGGCGCCUGAGGCUGCUGCGUCGUCUGCCGCGUCGUCUGAGGCCGAGCGGACGCCGGUUGUGGUGUUGUUAGGGCACAUCAACCACGGGAAGACGACGCUUCUGGAUCGUCUCUCUGGAACGCUCGUCGCGCCGUUCGAGGCCGGCGGCAUCACGCAGAACCUGACGGCAGUCACGGUGAAGGUGCCAGGCGCGGGAGAGCACGCGCUUGCGGGGGGCGGGACGCCGCCGUCUGUCCCUGCGGAGCCGGCGGACGGCUGGCGGCGGCUGACAUUCAUCGACACGCCGGGCCACGCGACGUUUGGCGCCAUGCGCGGGCGCGCGAGUGCCUGCGCAGACCUUGCCUGCGUGGUGGUCGACCUCGUCGAGGGACGUAGAGUGCAGACGGAGGAAGUACUGCGCCUCGCAGACGAGUUCGACCUCCCGCUGGUUGUCGCGAUCAACAAAAUCGACAGAUUCCGCGCAGGCGCAGACGGCGCAGGCCUCGAGGCGAGCGACGAAGUGAAGCUUCUCAAGCUCGAGCUGCGCGCGCGAUGCCGGAAACUCAGGGAACAGGGCUUCUUGAAGAGGGACUUCGACCGGGAGAUCGUGGACGCCGUAUGCGUCUCGGCGCUCUACGGCGACGGCAUACCGGACCUCGUCCAGCGGCUGCUUGACGUGACGCGGUCAUUCCCGGUCGGUCCUGCGACUCGCGCGCCGCCGCCCCCGUCGCCAGGUCUGCCGGCUGCCUCAGCUGCUUCGCCCUCUGCCUUGCGGACGCUUUCUUCUCUCUCGCUCUCGCCGGGAGCAGCGGCGCUGCAUGCGAAGCACAAACGUCGCUCGGACUGCCUCGUUGAGGCGGAAGUGCCGCCCUCCGCAAUUGGGAUCAUUCUCGAAAUCGGAAAAAGCAGCGACCGCGGCGUCCUCUACACGGUCCUCGUUAAGCACGGCUACUUCGCCGUCGGCAGCUAUUUUGUUGCGGGCAGUGCCUACGGCCGCAUUCGCUCCAUCAAUGUCGUUUCGUCAACGUAUUCGCCGCCGUCUCUCGGCUCCCCUGUCGCUCCACCGUCUUCACCGGCGCCGUCGUUCUAUCCUCCCGGCACGGUCGUGACGUGUGGGGUCUCGAAGGCCUUCGGAGAAGGGGACUGUGGAGUUGACGACCGCAUCUACAUUUUGCCGCAGUUCCGGGCGUUUCGGCUGGCGGAGUAUCGCCGCUCGCUCGAGAGAUUGGCGCGCAUGCAGAUCUCUGGAGAGCCCAUGGAAAUCAAGCAGUGGGAGGCGGAUCACCCUACGGCGCAGGCACGUUUGGGGACGAGUCGGACGGGUCCGAAGAGACAGGAACCAGGUGGGGGUCAGCGGGAGGACGAGCCGGAAGGCGUCCUCGUACGGCGAGAAGUCACGCGAGGGAGGCGCGCGAUUGAAGAGUUCGGUGUCGAGGGUGCGCUGGGCAGCAAGCGCGAGGGCGCUGACUGGGAACGGACGCCCACCGGGGAAGAAGAAAGCGAGGCAGGCAACGGCGGCUACUUGUUUCGCCGCGUCUCAGUGGAGGAGUUCCACCGCCCUCUGGGACGGCAAAGAGGACGAGGCCGCGCUGCGGCGGCCGCCCGAGGGAGCGGAGCGGAGACAGGGCGAGGGUCGGUCUCUCCAAAGGCUGCUCAAGCGGUAGAGGGGGGAGCCUCACCCGACGACUGGGAAGUCGAAGUCCGCGAAGGGAGGCGGGAACGAGCGAAGCGGCUCGCGGCUUCGCUUAGCGAGGAGAGGCUCAACGACGACGCAGCAUCGAACGAUCAACCGCGCCUUCUGGAUGAGUGGGCGCUCCUUAAGGCCUCGCCCUCGCAUGCAGCCGCGACCGACGACGAGGCAAACAACGCGGCAAAGCGGAGGACGCAAGACUACGACUCGAUCGCCAUGAGCACGGAUCCCAGCCCCCCGCUGUAUAUCCAGACGCGCGGCUCGGAGUCGCGGCCGGUCCCGCCGCGUUGGGGUGAAGAUGAACCUGCGCCUCUGGAAGGCAGUGGUGCGUCACAUGCAUUUGGAGGAGACCUGCUCUCUCCGCAGGGAGGAGAGGGCGCGAGGAGCGGCAAAGCCCCAGAAGGCACGAGGGGAAGAAAGAGCGCAUGGCGUGGUCGAGCUGCGCGGGAGCAGCAGGGCGCCGAAGAGGAAGACGCAGAGGAAGGCGCGAACCUCCACGAGUUCUGGGGGGGACACUUUGAGAGGCGAGAAGACUGGUAUGAAGCUGUGAAAGAGAAGAACGAGGCUCUCAUGGAUCGAUGGAGGUCUCGAGCGAAGCACAGAGCCCUAGAGAAGAGAGACCAACAACGCAAGGAAAGAGCGAUGCUCGUGGAGGCUGAACGCGUGCGGCGUCAUGCGAUGAAGGAGCCGCCGCUAACGGACGAAGAAAUCCGCGAAAUAAUGGGAGAAGACGAGAAAUUCCACGACGAAGGGCGCUUCGUGGACGAGACGGAAACACCAGGACUGCCGGCGAAACCCAAGCUGCGCACGAAGCCCUCCCUCAUUGUUCCGGCGAAGAACGCGCCUGUCAUUCCAGUCAUUCUCCGCACGGAUGUCGUGGGAACCUUCGACGUUCUUCUCGAUGAGAUGGAGAAAAUUCAGGCGGAAUUCGGCAUGCGAAUUCCUGUUGUUCACGGCGGCAUCGGUCCUGUCAUUCCCCGAGACGUGGUGCAUGCGGAGGUCGAGAAGACGUACGGCUAUUGCCCGAUAUACGCCUUUAAAGUUCCGGUUCUUCCGGAUGCAAUAAAGCAGGCUCUUGUCACGUCCAUUGUCAUCAAAAGGUUUGACGUGUUCACGGAUCUCCUCGCCGACAUCCGCGAGCGAUGUGCGAACACACAAAGGCUUGUAGACCACAAUAUCUACGUCAGAAGUCUCAAGACCGAACCCACAAAAUCGGGGUUGUAA